AUGGUGUGCACAAGUUUGGAAAAUGAUAAUCUGACUAGCGUCUCCGUGACACAGGCGAACGAGGGCUUUUCAAGCCUCCAGAUCUUCGCUAUAUGCAUUUACCUGAUCAUCUUCAUCUUAGGCUUCAUCGGAAAUGGUCUUGUCAUCUUUGUGACCGGCUACAAAAUGAAGACGACGGUCAACUCCAUUUGGUUUCUCAACUUGGCGAUUGCAGACUUCUUUUUCUCCUUCACCCCGGUCAUACGCAUUGUCUUGAUCUUUGGCAAGCCACUGGGCUACAUUUUGUCCAAGCUUCUCUCUUUCAUGACGGAGCUAAAUAUGUUUGCUAGCAUUUUUUUUCUUACAGCUAUUAGUCUGGACCGAUGCCUGUGCACAUGGGUGAUUGUGUGGGCAAAGAACAAACGAACUUUACUCAAAGCCAGGAUCAUUAGCAUGAUAGUGUGGAUUUUAUCCAUCGGCUGUAGCAUUCCAUUUGUCAUCAAUUUCUGCACCAAGUAUCUAGACUUACAGUCUCUGUUCACAUACAGGUUUAUGGUGGGAUUCCUCAUCCCCUUCCUGAUCAUUGCAUCUUCUUAUUUAGCUAUUGGAGUGCGAGUCAAACGUCUCACGAGGGGGAAACAUCUCAGGUCCUACCGUCUUAUUAUAUUUCUGGUUCUGGCCUUUUUUGUAUGCUGGUUCCCUUACCAUAUUCACAAAUUGUGUUUUGUGAAGAAUAUGCAGAACGUCAAUGUUCGAGAAGUGAUAUCUAAAACAACACCUUUUGUGGUUUGCCUUGCUUUUCUAAACAGCUGUCUGAACCCCAUUCUCUAUGUGUUUAUGUGUGAUGAGUAUAAGAAGCAGCUCAAAAAGUCUCUGCUGCUGGUGCUGGAAAUGGCUUUUGCCGAAGAACAUCUGGACUUUCUGGAUCACGAAGAUGACAAAAGACCCCAAUGCUUUCUUGACCAAAGAGGAGUAAACAAUACUAAAAUCAAUCUCAAGGUCUAA